UAUGAGAUGGUGACGGGCUUAGACGUCCCUUGUGGAGGUGACGGGGGCUAUUCUCCCUGCAAGAGUAUUAGUGGUGCUAAAAGCAGCAGCAACACUGCAGCCAACUCAUUCAGAGGGAAAGAGAAGAACGCGGCAUAGAAGAGAUCUUACACAUUUUUGCCAAUCUAUACAUUACCCUCAGGGUCACUUGGAUAUGUUUGGUAGAUUUAAGGGCUUUCUUGGUGGCCCGCAGAUCCCAGCAUCUCCUGCCACCAACAGAGGAGCUCCUGACCCUGGUCAAGACCCACCACCAACUCCUGCUCCUCCUCCAGCUCCUGCUGGAAGCAAGGACAAUAAAGCUACCGAAAAGGAAAAUGCCGACCAACCUCAGGGCCCAGCACCUGCGACAGCAACAGAACCAGCACCAGCACCAGUACCAGUACCUGCACCAGUACCAGCACCAGCACCAGCACCAGCACCAGCACCAGCCACAGCGGCGGCUCCAGCCCCGGCUCCUACUGAAGCCACAGUCAACCCUGAUCAAAUUGGACCAGAGGGAACAGAGGCAGCCCCCCCUCCACCAAUCGUAAUCAACCCGUAUUCUGAUGAGCAGCUUCGCUCCAUCGUGAAGCGGAUGAGAGAGAGACUUGAUGUCUACAAGGAGAAAGUGACUGAUCAAUAUGCUUCAUCACCGGAGAUUAGCCCCCCUGUCACGCCACUCUUGGUUAAAGACCACUAUGCUGAAGUUGUGGAGGAGAGGAAAAGGCGAGCGGAGGAGGAGCGGAUCAAAAAAGAGGAGGCUGAGAGGAAAAAGAAGGAAGAGCAGGAGAAGAAAAAGAAAGAGAAUGAGCAGAAAAAGAAGGAAGAGGAGGAGAAAAAGAAAUUGGAGGCAAAAGAAGGGAAAGAAGAGAAGACACAAGACUUUAAGGCUGUCUUUAUGGAGAAAAUGUGGACUUGUGUGGAUGUCUUUCUGAAGCCCCUCGAGAACUGUAUGGACUCUAUGCUGGGGAGCACCAUUGAUCCUUUCACAGAUCGUCGCUACAUUGCCUGGCUGAGCGUGGUGACUCUCGCCUUCAACUACAACACCUGGUUCAUUACUGCCCGGCUCUCUUUUCCCUACCACACUGAGUGGGCAAUCCCUUACUGGUUUGCCUUGGACCUGCUGGCUGACCUCAUCUACCUCACAGACAGCAUCGUCUUCCAGUCUCGCAAACAGUUUGUCAAAGCAGGAGACAUCAUCAAAGAUGGAAAGAUGACAAAGAAGAAUUACAGAGAAACAGAGAGAUUUAUGGCCGACAUAGUGUCAGUCUUACCCUUUGACUUACUCUACUUCCAGUUUGGAUUCAAAUCCAUUUUCCGAGCAAACCGCUUGCUAAAGGCGGAUACAUUUUUCGAGUUUAGCGACCGCCUGGAAAGUAUCAUGGCGAAGGCUUACAUCUGGAGAGUUAUUCGCACCAUCGGCUAUCUCCUCUUCGUCCUCCACCUCAACGCCUGCUUCUACUAUGUAGCUUCAGUCUACCAGGGCAUUGGUCAAACCAAGUGGGUCUACUCUGGACUGGGAAAUGCGUACCUGCGUUGUUACUACUUUGCUGUCCGCAGUCUGAUCAACAUCGGGGGUCUUAAUGAACCCCACACCGUCUUUGAGAUAACGUUUCAGAUGACGAACUUUUUCACGGGCAUCUUUGUGUUCUCCAGUUUGAUCGGACAGAUGAGAGAUGUCAUUGGCGCAGCCACAGCAGGACAGACUUACUUCCGCUCGUCCAUGGACGGCACCGUGGCCUACAUGGUGACCAACCGCAUCCCCUCCUUAGUCCAGAACAGAGUCCGCACCUGGUAUACGUACACCUGGGAUGCCCAGGGCAUGCUGGAUGAGUCUGAGCUGCUGGAGAAGAUGCCUUUGGUAAUGAGAACUGCCAUCGCCGUGGACAUCAACCUGACCACUUUCCAAAAGAUAGACCUUUUCAAGGGCUGUGACCAGCAGAUGUUGGUGGAUAUGUUACUGAGACUUAAGUCUAUAAUCUAUUUGCCAGGAGAUUUUGUUGUCAAGAAAGGUGACAUUGGCAAAGAGAUGUAUAUCAUCAAGGGCGGAGCAGUGCAAGUGGUGGGAGGACCUGACAACAGUAUUGUGUUUGUCACACUAAAGGCUGGCUGUGUGUUUGGAGAGAUCAGUUUGCUGCAGUCAUCCAAAGAUGGAGGAAACAGACGGACAGCAAAUGUCAAAGCCUCCGGAUUUGCUAAUCUUUUUGUCCUCGAGAAGAAAGACCUGUUUGAUAUUCUCGUCCACUACCCAGAGUCUCAGAAAGUGCUGGCCCGAAAGGGAAGGAAACUAAUGAAAGCCAAGGGUCCGGCAGCAGCUAAAGUAGAAGAGGAAAAGAAGAAAGGUCUGGCACUUUUUGGACCCAAACCACCCACACCCAAAUUACUGCGACUCUUCGGUGGAGGCUUUAACAAAAAAAUAAUUGACAAACCUAAGGUAAGGUCACUUGUGAGUUCUUUUCAAUUGUUUUGUGAUCUUUACUCUAUCUUUGUUGAUCAUUAACUUCUGUUAUUCUUUUGUCCCUAGUCUGGUGGUGACUCUUGAGAGACACUUCUAUUGAUUCAUUUUAUCAACUCCAUUUUGGGAGUUUAUUUUUUAUUUUAAGACUCAUACCCCUCUUUUAUUCUGAUAGACCAAUAUAUAUUUUUUACUUUCCUGUCAAUACCUAAGCUUUAUUUACACUAAUAAUUCCUUAGAAUUGAGUCUUGUUCUGUGACCCAGCCUGCACUAUAUUUUAUGUAUAAAUGUACUUUAUUGUGGCCGUCUGUUUACCGUCGUCUGCAUUCACCUUCUGUCAAUGCUCAGUGGUUGUAAAAAUCUGUCAGAUUAUCCAAAAACUGCUACAUUAAAUGAUUCCAAUAUUUAAUAAUAA